AGAUUUGGGUUUUCCAACUGCCGAAGCAAAAUUCUGUUUCGCUUCGCUCUAUUCUUUCUUUAUUACAUAUUUUCCACUCGUUCCUUGCGUUCUAUUCUCCCGGAAAAUAUCAAUCUCGAUUUUCUCGGGAAAAGCACAACACGCCGUAUACAGGUUUUCUACAUACAUCAAAAGGAAACAUCUUUGGCUGCUGUUGAUGGACUGUUAGUUCUGUGUGUUGCGUGUUAAAUUUGACGAUACAUUGAAAGGGAAAUUUUCUUGUGUUAUUCACUUUACCUUAAAGGGUGCUGGUUUCCACGUCCCAUACAGAAAAGACACAAAGAAGGAAAAUCAAACAAUAUAGAAGGUUUUGUGGGGGUGGAAACACUUCAAACUGUCUGGAAUAUAGCAAAGGAUAGAGUUGAUCAAAUCAAGGGAAGACUAUUCAUUACAACCAAUUCUAAUUUUUCGGCGAAUGGGUUUGAUGGAUAUUUUGUGUGCUUCCAUAUUUCUUUUUACGGUUGUUGAGUCCACUAGCAGACCCGGCAGUAUGUGGCCCAACAACGUAGGUGUGGAGUCUACAGGAACUGUUAGCUGGACAGUCUUCAGUGCAAGUAUAUUUGUGCUUGUUGCCCUUGUUCUCUCCAUGUACCUAAUAUUCGAGCAUUUAGCUGCCUAUAAUCAGCCCGAGGUUGAUACAUGUGUUCCUUUACUUUUGACUUUUGAGUCUUACUUAAUUUUCCCCCUGCACCAAUAGAUUUACUAUUUAUGUAAUGCAUACCUUUGCUCAGUGCUUAUUAUAGUUGUACCCUUUAAUUGAUUUGACAAUAUAUUUCUUGCCUGUAUAACCCUUUCCUUUCAUUUCAUGAUACUUUCUACUUUUAAUGAGCAGAAGUUAAUACUUCCUAUAUUUUUUUUUAUCAGGAGCAGAAAUUUUUGAUUGGCCUCAUUUUAAUGGUUCCUGUCUAUGCAUUGGAAUCGUGCGGCAUUUAACUGUGAAAUUAUCCGGGACUGCUAUGAGGCUUUUGCAUUAUAUUGCUUUGAGAGAUACCUGAUAGCUUGCUUGGGUGGUGAGGACAAAACAAUUCAAUUUAUGGAAAGUACGAGCGUAACAGACUCCAGCACUCCUCUCCUGAAAGAAGCCUAUGCAUAUGGAGUUGUAGAACAUCCAUUUCCUUUAAAUUGCUUCUUAAGAGAUUGGUAUCUUGGCCCUGACUUCUAUCAAUCUGUGAAAAUUGGCAUCGUACAAUAUAUGAUACUGAAAAUGAUCUGUGCACUGCUGGCAAUGAUCCUCGAGUCUUUUGGGGUUUAUGGAGAGGGGAAGUUUGAAUGGAGAUAUGGGUAUCCCUACUUGGCAAGUAUUCUUAAUUUUAGUCAGACUUGGGCCCUGUAUUGCCUUGUACAAUUCUAUUCUGUCAUUAAAGAUAAACUGGAGCCAAUCAAACCAUUAGCCAAAUUUUUAACAUUUAAAUCAAUAGUCUUUCUAACAUGGUGGCAAGGAGUGGCUGUAGCAUUUCUUUUUUCUAUGGGAGCAUUUAAAGGGUCACUGGCUCAAGAGUUGAAAACACGUAUACAAGACUAUAUCAUCUGCAUAGAGAUGGGUGUUGCUGCCGUUGUGCACCUUUAUGUCUUCCCAGCAGUACCUUACAAAAGAGGGGAGAGGUGUGUCCGCAAUGCAUCAGUGAUGGCUGACUAUGCAUCGUUAGGGACACCUCCUGAUCCAUCAGAGGUUCGUGACUGUGAGCGCUCAACUAGAAUGCGGCUGAGCCGCAAUGGUGAGAAAGAUAAGAAGCCUAUGAAGUUUCCACAUAAUGUUCGUGAUGUGGUUCUUGGAAGUGGUGAAAUUAUUGUCGAUGACAUGAAAUUUACAGUUUCACAUGUGGUAGAACCUGUUGAAAGGGGCAUUUCAAAAAUAAACAAAACCUUCCAUCAGAUAUCAGAAAAUGUAAAACGCCAUGAUGAAGAGCGGAAGAAAAGCACCAAGGAUGAUAGCCACCUUGUUCCCCUGCAUUCAUGGAGAACAGAAUUUUCUGAUGUUCACGACAAACUUGUGGAAGGAAGUGUCAGUGAUAGUGGGGUGUCCAGCGGAAAGAGACAUACUCAAUCCAAGGCGUCAGCCUCCAGGAUGAGAAGAUAGUAAAAUUCUAUCAGUUCAACAAUCUUUAGUUUUGCACAUAGAUAAAAAUUCUAAUAGAUUUUGGCGUAGGGUGGAAAACUCGAAAUAGCAUGUAGGGGGCUUACAAUCUGGCGAGCCUUAAAAGACGUGUACAUAUAAUGGAAAAUAUAGUCAUGUAUACAGGGCUGAUAAAAUUCCCACGGUUAUGUCAAGGGUGAGACUAAUAUUGAAUAGAUUGAGAAGAAAACAUGACAUUUUUUCAGUCCAAGCAAAAAGUAUCAACCCUGUUAUUCUGUUAA